UUAGAAACUCUGGCAAUAUCUAAAAUCCAUUAUACAUGCAAACACAAAAAAGGAAAUAGGUUAUUCGUAGUUUUCAAUACAACUUCUGUUUCUUACCUCCAAAAUAUGAGCCUAGCUCGAAAUAUAUAUGUUCUAGCUUAACGGAGAGUCGGAACCCGAAAAGCUACAGUGUAGUUCGAGCGAGCUAGGCCGAAUUUAAGCCAUUUGAAUAGUAAGAGCUGAGCAGCUAGGAAAGAAAAUGAAAGAAAUUAAGAUGAAUUCAUGGUUGUUAAUGGUGUGUUUUGGUUUUGGUUUUGGUUGGAUGUCACAAGUCGUUAAUGGUAAUAUUGGAGAAUGGGAUGAGGUGUGGAAGAAGCGCUCCGAGGAGUCUUGGAAUAGAACUCUUGAGACCUAUGAGCCCAUCCCAGAACACAUAGUUAGUCAUUUGAAUGUGCAUGCCAAAAAGGCAGUAAAGGAAAUAGAAAAAGUAAGUUCAGAUGCAAAUAGCACAAGAAGGGAGCUACUAAGGGGGUACACGGGUCCGUGCAUGGUGACAAACCCGAUCGACCGUUGCUGGAGAUGCCAGCCGAAUUGGGCGCAGAGGCGGUUCAGGUUGGCCGACUGCGUCUUAGGGUUCGGAUACAAAACGACCGGCGGCAAGAACGGCGCCUUCUACGUGGUGACGGACCCUUCGGACUCGGACUUGAUAAGCCCUAGGCCGGGAACCCUACGGCACGCCGUGAUCCAGAAGGAGGCGCUGUGGAUCAUCUUCGAGCGCAGUAUGCUCAUCGUCCUCCAGCAGGAGCUCAUCAUGCAGGGCGACAAGACCAUCGACGGCCGCGGCGUCCGCGUCGACAUCGCCUACGGCGCCGGCAUCACCAUCCAGUUCGUCAGCAACGUCAUCAUCCACAACAUCCGGAUCCACGACAUCGUCAGCAAGAGCGGCGGCAUGAUCAGGGACUCCGUCGACCACUACGGCUUCCGCACCGUCAGCGACGGCGACGGCAUCUCCAUCUUCGGCUCGCAGAAUAUCUGGAUCGACCAUGUCUCCAUGAAGAAUUGCAGCGACGGGCUGAUUGACGCCAUCGAGGGCUCCACGGGCAUCAGCAUCACCAACAGCCACUUCACCGAUCACGAUGAGGCGCUGCUCUUUGGUGCCAAUGAUUUAGCGACUUACGAUGACAAAAUGCAAGUGACGGUAGCUUUCAACCAUUUUGGGAAGAGACUGGUGCAGAGACUGCCACGGUGCAGAUUUGGAUAUUUUCACGUGGUGAACAAUGACUACACUCAUUGGAAAAUGUAUGCGAUUGGGGGAAGCAGUCAUCCCACCAUCAUUAGCCAGGGCAACAGAUUUGUGGCGGAUCACCCUUUUGCGAAGCAGGUGACGAAGAGGGAGAAGUCUCCAGAAUCAGAGUGGAUGAAAUGGACAUGGGUAUCAGAGGGAGACCUAUUUUUGAGAGGUGCAUAUUUUGUGGAAUCGGGCGAUAAGGAUUGGACGAAGAAACAUCCGGAGCUGUAUGACAAGAUUAUGGCAGCUCCAGCAAAACAUACAGCAGAAAUGACCAAAUUUGCAGGCGUUCUUGGUUGUACGGUGGGAGAACCAUGCUAAACUAAACCAUAAUUAGGAGUAGAUCAUUCAUUGUACAAAUGUAUGAAUUUAAUUUCAAGUAAUUUCAUCUUUAUGCUUCGUUUA